GUUUAUUUCUAUCUUUCAGAAACAUUGAGGAAGUAUCCUCCAGUAGUUUUCCUAAAUCAUAUUUGUACAAAAGAUAUACAAAUAGAAACAACUGAUUUUCAUAUACCUACGGGAACUUCCAUAUUAAUACCUGUGUUUGGUAUUCAUCGGGAUCCUGACAUAUAUCCAGAUCCUGAUAAAUUUGAUCCAGAAAGAUUCUCGGAAGAGAAUGUGAAGGCUAGACAUCCUUAUGCUUAUUUACCAUUUGGCGAAGGACCGAGGAUUUGUAUCGGAUUAAGAUUUGGUCUGAUACAAACAAAAGUUGGGAUAAUAAGAA